CUCCAGUCCCAUAUUGGAUUUUAAAAGCAGCUUCCCUGCAUUUGGACCCAUGCAUCAGAGUUGUGACAUUGGCAAUACAUCAUUUCUCUUUCCAUUGAUCCACAGGGUUGAGUGGCUUCAAUAAAAUCAUGACACAAACGAUCAGAACUAGAACUCAAGCAAAGGAGACAUCAUCUUAACAGGGAUGCCUCAUAUCUAAAGAUGAGAAGAGAAAGAUAACUGGAUAGGUGGAACUUAAUAGCAAAAUGGAAAAUACAAUCUAUGAAUUUAUACCAUUUAGGAUAUAAUGUUCAAACACCCCCUCCUCGCUGGAAACACUGGAUCGUUUCCUGUUUGUGCUGGACAAAGGUUAUGGGAACCUUCAACUCCAGUUCAGACAAGCCCUUCUUUUUGGUGGGCUUCUCAGAUUGGCCUCAUCUGGAACUUGUCUUUUUUGUCAUAAUUUCAAUCUUCUACUCCUUAACUCUCUUUGGUAACACCUCCAUCAUUGCUCUCUCACGACUCGACCUUCGACUGCAAACACCCAUGUACUUCUUCCUCUCGCACCUCUCCUUCCUGGACCUCUGCUACACCACCAGCACUGUGCCCCAGCUCCUGAUCAACCUUCGUGGUCUAGACAGGACCAUAAGCUAUGGAAGGUGUGUGGCCCAGCUCCUUAUUUUUCUUGCUUUGGCUUCCACGGAGUGUGUGCUAUUGGGGGUAAUGGCCUUUGACCGCUAUUCUGCUGUGUGCCAUCCACUACACUAUACUACCAUUAUGCAUCCUCAGCUAUGUCAGGCACUGGCCAUUUCCUCCUGGGUAGUGGGCCUUGUGAACUCUCUGAUUCAGACAGGCCUCAUGAUGGCCAUGCCUCUCUGUGGCCAUCGACUUAAUCACUUCUUCUGUGAGAUGCCCAUAUUCCUAAAGUUAGCUUGUGAGGAAACAAAAAGAACAGAGGUCAAGAUGUUUGUGGCUCGAACAAUAAUCUUGGUCUUCCCUGCAGCACUUAUCCUGGGUUCCUACGCUCACAUUGCCAGGGCAGUACUGAAAGUCAAGUCAACAGCUGGGCGCAGAAAAGCUUUUGGGACUUGUGGAUCCCACAUUCUGGUGGUGUCUCUGUUUUACGGCUCAGCCAUUUAUACGUACCUUCAACCCACUCACACGUAUUCUGAGAGUACAGGGAAGUUUGUUGCUCUUUUCUAUACUAUCAUCACCCCCAUGCUCAACCCUCUGAUAUAUACCCUGAGGAACAAGGAUGUGAAGGGGGCUCUGUGGAAGAUGCUAGGGAGAGGCACAGGCUCAGAGUAA